GUUAGGGUCGGUACCGAAGCUCUGAGACUAGCGGGCCGCUCCACGCUCUCCAGGCUCUAGCCUUCUGCAGCCACCCUUUACGCAGCGGACACGGGAGAGUUAAGCCAAUAAACACGUAAGCGCCGCUCCCUCCCCAAUCGGCAAGAUGCCUCUUAGGCUCUUGGCUGCAUCGACAGCUUGCAACACUCGGCAUCUUUUCUGGAGGCGCCUCCUUCAUCGGCUGCAGAUGGUAUCCGGCUGCGAGCUCGGGGCUCGCAAUUGAUUCUCCCCCUUGCCCACCUCGGGUCCACGGACGCACCUCUCCCUUCCCCUCCUCCCCUCGCGCUCCUGGGUCUGAGCCCAGCUCGGGAUCGCCGGGCAGAGGAAGCAGUCGCGGCGGCGGCGGCGGCUGAGCAGCAGCGCCCGCUCCCUGAUUUGGGGAGAAGCGCCCAUCCCGGGGAGCCGACCCCCAGCUGCCUCCAGCGCCUCCCAUCUUUUGCACCCCUAGCCCGGGGCUCCAAGGACCACCCCCCUCCCCAGGCGCCACCAUGCUGGACCCUUCGUCCAGCGAAGAGGAAUCGGAUGAGAUCGUGGAGGAAGAGAGCGGCAAGGAGGUGCUCGGCUCGGCCGCGUCCGGCGCGCGCCUGUCUCCCAGCCGCACCAGCGAGGGCUCGGGCGGCGGCAGCGGCGCCGGGCUUGGGGGCGGCGGCGGUGCCGGCGCCGGAGCCGGGGUGGGCGCCGGCGGCGGUGGGGGCAGCGGCGCGAGCAGCGGCGGCGGGGCCGGGGGGCUGCAGCCCAGCACCCGCGCCGGUGGCGGCCGGCCCUCCAGCCCCAGCCCGUCGGUGGUGAGCGAGAAGGAGAAGGAGGAGUUGGAGCGGCUGCAGAAGGAGGAGGAGGAGAGGAAGAAGAGGCUGCAGCUCUAUGUGUUCGUGAUGCGCUGCAUCGCCUACCCCUUCAACGCCAAGCAGCCCACCGACAUGGCUCGCCGGCAGCAGAAGAUCAGCAAACAGCAGUUGCAAACAGUCAAGGACCGGUUUCAGGCUUUCCUCAAUGGGGAAACCCAGAUUGUGGCUGAUGAAGCCUUCAUGAACGCCGUCCAGAGUUACUAUGAGGUGUUCCUGAAGAGCGACCGUGUGGCCCGCAUGGUCCAGAGCGGGGGCUGCUCUGCCAAUGACUCCAGGGAGGUCUUCAAGAAGCACAUUGAGAAAAGGGUGCGCAGCCUGCCCGAGAUAGAUGGCCUCAGCAAGGAGACCGUGCUGAGCUCCUGGAUGGCCAAGUUUGAUGCCAUCUACCGUGGGGAAGAGGACCCCAGGAAGCAGCAGGCCCGGAUGACAGCCAGCGCAGCCUCUGAGCUGAUUUUGAGCAAGGAGCAACUCUACGAGAUGUUCCAGAACAUUCUUGGGAUCAAGAAGUUUGAACAUCAGCUCCUAUACAAUGCAUGCCAGCUGGACAAUCCAGAUGAGCAAGCAGCCCAGAUCAGACGAGAGCUGGACGGACGUCUCCAAAUGGCAGACCAAAUAGCCAGGGAGCGCAAAUUUCCCAAAUUUGUAUCCAAAGAGAUGGAAAACAUGUACAUUGAGGAGCUGAAGUCAUCUGUCAACCUGCUCAUGGCCAAUUUGGAGAGCAUGCCGGUGUCCAAAGGUGGAGAGUUCAAACUUCAGAAACUCAAACGCAGCCACAACGCUUCCAUCAUCGACAUGGGUGAGGAGAGUGAGAACCAGCUCUCCAAGUCAGAUGUCGUGCUGUCUUUCUCCCUGGAGGUGGUGAUCAUGGAAGUCCAAGGCCUCAAAUCCUUGGCUCCCAAUCGCAUUGUGUAUUGCACCAUGGAAGUGGAAGGAGGAGAGAAACUACAGACCGACCAGGCCGAGGCUUCUAAACCAACCUGGGGCACCCAGGGCGACUUCUCGACAACUCAUGCACUGCCCGCUGUGAAGGUGAAGCUGUUCACAGAGAGCACAGGGGUCCUGGCCUUGGAGGACAAGGAGCUCGGACGGGUUAUUCUCCACCCUACCCCAAACAGCCCCAAACAGUCAGAGUGGCACAAAAUGACAGUCUCCAAAAACUGCCCCGAUCAAGACCUCAAAAUCAAACUUGCUGUCCGAAUGGAUAAGCCUCAAAACAUGAAGCAUUCUGGGUAUUUAUGGGCCAUCGGUAAGAAUGUCUGGAAGAGAUGGAAGAAGAGGUUUUUUGUAUUGGUCCAGGUCAGUCAAUACACGUUUGCCAUGUGCAGUUAUCGGGAGAAAAAAGCGGAGCCUCAGGAACUUCUACAGCUGGAUGGCUACACUGUGGACUACACCGACCCCCAGCCAGGGUUAGAGGGUGGCCGAGCCUUCUUUAAUGCAGUCAAAGAAGGAGACACCGUGAUAUUUGCAAGUGAUGACGAACAAGAUCGGAUCUUGUGGGUCCAAGCCAUGUAUCGGGCCACUGGGCAGUCACAUAAGCCAGUGCCCCCGACCCAAGUCCAGAAACUCAACGCUAAGGGAGGGAACGUGCCUCAGCUGGACGCCCCCAUCUCCCAAUUUUACGCAGAUAGAGCUCAAAAACAUGGCAUGGAUGAAUUUAUCUCUUCCAACCCCUGUAACUUUGACCACGCUUCCCUCUUUGAGAUGGUGCAACGCCUUACUUUGGAUCACAGACUUAAUGAUUCCUAUUCUUGCCUGGGCUGGUUCAGUCCUGGCCAGGUGUUUGUCCUAGACGAGUAUUGCGCCCGAAACGGAGUCCGAGGGUGUCACCGACAUCUCUGCUACCUCAGAGACUUGCUUGAACGGGCAGAAAAUGGCGCCAUGAUUGACCCCACUCUCCUUCACUACAGCUUUGCCUUCUGUGCGUCCCAUGUCCAUGGGAACAGGCCUGAUGGAAUCGGAACUGUGACUGUUGAAGAGAAGGAACGUUUUGAAGAAAUCAAAGAGAGACUCCGAGUUCUGUUGGAAAAUCAGAUUACACAUUUUAGGUAUUGCUUUCCAUUCGGUCGACCUGAAGGGGCUUUAAAAGCUACUCUAUCACUCUUGGAAAGGGUUUUGAUGAAAGAUAUUGUUACCCCCGUACCACAAGAGGAGGUAAAAACAGUCAUCCGGAAAUGUCUAGAGCAGGCUGCUUUAGUCAACUACUCCCGGCUCUCAGAAUAUGCUAAAAUCGAAGGGAAAAAGAGAGAAAUGUAUGAGCAUCCUGUCUUCUGCUUGGCCUCCCAAGUGAUGGAUUUAACCAUUCAGAAUCAAAAGGAUGCAGAAAAUGUAGGCCGAUUAAUCACUCCUGCCAAAAAGCUCGAAGACACAAUCCGUCUUGCUGAACUAGUCAUUGAGGUUCUCCAACAGAAUGAGGAGCACCACGCGGAGCCACAUGUUGAUAAAGGAGAAGCCUUUGCGUGGUGGUCAGACUUGAUGGUGGAGCACGCGGAGACGUUCCUGUCACUCUUUGCAGUGGAUAUGGAUGCGGCGUUAGAGGUGCAGCCCCCAGACACAUGGGACAGUUUUCCACUGUUUCAGCUGCUGAAUGAUUUUCUCCGUACUGAUUAUAAUUUGUGCAAUGGAAAAUUUCACAAACACCUGCAAGACCUGUUUGCCCCACUUGUGGUUAGAUAUGUGGAUUUGAUGGAGUCCUCAAUUGCACAAUCCAUUCACAGGGGCUUUGAGCGGGAGUCAUGGGAACCAGUCAAGAGUUUAACCAGUAACCUACCCAAUGUGAACCUACCCAAUGUGAACCUUCCCAAAGUACCAAAUCUACCAGUUAACAUCCCUCUAGGCAUCCCACAAAUGCCUACUUUUUCGGCACCGUCAUGGAUGGCUGCUAUAUAUGAUGCUGAUAAUGGAUCAGGCACUUCAGAAGACCUGUUCUGGAAACUCGAUGCCCUUCAGACCUUCAUUCGGGACUUGCACUGGCCCGAAGAAGAGUUUGGAAAGCACCUAGAACAACGGCUGAAGCUGAUGGCAAGUGACAUGAUUGAAUCUUGUGUCAAAAGAACCAGGAUUGCAUUUGAAGUUAAGCUGCAAAAAACCAGUCGAUCAACAGAUUUUCGAGUCCCACAGUCAAUAUGCACCAUGUUUAAUGUUAUGGUUGAUGCCAAAGCUCAAUCAACAAAACUUUGCAGCAUGGAAAUGGGCCAAGAGCAUCAAUACCAUUCAAAAAUAGAUGAACUAAUUGAAGAAGCUGUUAAAGAAAUGAUAACACUCUUGGUUGCAAAGUUCGUUACUAUCUUGGAAGGAGUACUGGCAAAAUUAUCCAGAUAUGACGAAGGGACUUUGUUUUCUUCUUUUUUGUCAUUUACCGUGAAGGCAGCUUCCAAAUAUGUGGAUGUACCUAAACCCGGGAUGGACGUGGCCGACGCCUAUGUGACUUUCGUCCGUCACUCUCAGGAUGUCCUCCGUGAUAAGGUCAAUGAGGAGAUGUAUAUAGAAAGGUUAUUUGAUCAAUGGUACAACAGCUCCAUGAACGUGAUCUGCACCUGGUUGACAGACCGGAUGGACUUACAGCUUCACAUUUAUCAAUUGAAAACACUAAUUAGGAUGGUAAAGAAAACCUAUAGAGAUUUCCGAUUGCAAGGGGUCCUGGACUCGACCUUAAACAGCAAGACCUAUGAAACCAUCCGGAACCGGCUCACUGUGGAGGAAGCCACUGCAUCAGUGAGCGAGGGUGGGGGCCUGCAGGGGAUCAGCAUGAAGGACAGCGACGAGGAAGACGAGGAAGAUGACUAGAAGGCUAGGGCCUGGAGUCCUUUGGGACAAAGUCCUGUAAUCAAUGCAUGUCCUUAGUCUGUUAGUUAACCCCAGUAGGGAAUUUUCUGUCAACUACCAUGCCCAUGAGAUGUUUACCAAUACAAUUGCCAUUUUAGCUAUGUGGUACCAAGAUUAGCAAAUGACCUUCCACCCCACUGAUUUCCUGAUUCCAUGUCUGUAUGUUUACAAGCAAUAUGGAGCACCAUUCUUUAAAAACUGUUCAUGGAGAAUACAUAGUCCAACUGCUAGGUGUGUUCCUGUUCUCAGCAAAGUUAAAUGAUGCUUCAUUAAUAUACUGUGUAUGCACUGAUGGUAAACGGAUGUGAGGGCAAGUACACCAAGUAUUUUACUUCUCUGUUUCGCGUUAUGUGGAUGCCAGUUAUUUAAACGAGUACAAUAAAUUAACGUAAGACACAUAGAUCUGCUUUGGUUUUUGGAAAACAAAGGCAAGCCUCCAGCAAGCCACCUUUUUGGUUCUUUGUGUUCCCCCGAAACUAAAAACUGAACCCCUGUUUUCCUUGUUAACUCAUCCUUUCACGGAUCCAUGUAGUUAGCCAAAAAACAAACAAACAAACAAACAAACAAACAAACAAAAAAAGGCGGCUAGAUACCAAUGGAUUGAUCUUGUCAUCUGCCACGGCAAGGGUGAUCCUCCCAUGAGCAAACACCAAGCACAGUUCAGAGCAACUGUCAUCUGUCCAAGUUUAUCCUCUUAAACGUCACAUUUUGCUUUUAUGUUUCGAUAACCGUGUAUGUAAAAAACCUGAAUAUUUAAAUUACGACCCUAGGCUAUAAAUGUGUUUAUAAUAAGAUAUGGAUAUUUCCUUCAGUAGAUUGUCACCAUAAUUUAAAAUAUUUUGUUCCACACUGGUUUUUAUAUCUGUCAUGUACAUUGCAUUUUGGUCUGUAACUGCAUGACCCCGGGGUCCUCUGCAGAGCAGUUUCUUUCUGUGUAAAGUAGUGAAUCCAUCUUGCUUUUGCCUUAUAUAAAGCCUACAGUUAUGAAAGUGUGGAAGACUGUGGCUUCUCAAUAAAUAACCAUUCAAUGU